UGAGCAAUGUUAGAACACCAAAUUUUAUGAAUUUUAUUUUUUCUUAUAGAUAAAAAAUGAAAACUUGGUGUCCUUAAGAUUCGAAGCAACAUGCAUUGAGAUCUUCUCUCAAUUUCGAGUCUUUAUUAUCCCUCUUCAAAAUGUUUAUUUGGUCAUAUUUCCACUUUAGACACUCAAUUUCUAUUUUCACACCCAUUUUUCAUUUGAUAAUUUACAGAUUCUGCUUCAUAUCACAAGGCCAUGGAUCCAAAACCCAAUCCAUUACUUAAUUUAUCCUUCAAUUUUCAGGUUUUACCUGCUGCUGAUGCUGUACUCUUAUCUCCAUCUCCAUCUCAUUUUCACCGCAAAUUUUAGUGAAAACCCGUUUGAAUCUAGUCUUGGAUGUGUUAACUAAAAACCCAUUUCAUAAAUUUAGGUAAUUGAGUGUGCUUCCUCUUUUGAUCAGGUAAUUGGAAACCCUUUAAUAUCAGUUCUUGCUGCUUUGGAUGCUGUUUUAGCUCAAGCUCUGUGUUACUCGGGUGUUAAUUAAAAUACCCGUUUCUCAAAUUUCGCUAAUUUCAUAUCUUUGCUUGAUUUCCAAUCAAGUUUAGUUCACGGGUCUCAUGUUUUAUGUGCUGAUUUUAUCAUCUUUGUUUACAAGUUAGGGUUUCAUCAUCAAAGUUUAGAACUUUGAUAUUAUUUGGUUAGUGGGUUUGAAGUAAUAAAAUGGAUUGCAAUAGGGAUUUUUCUGGUGGAAAUGUUGUCCAUGUAAUUCCAAUAUCAGAUCCAGAGAGUUGGAUUCUAAAUUCCUCUGAUUCCAGUUCUGUUUGGGCUACAGAAGAUGAUUACCGUGAUUGGAACAAUUCUGAUAUCCUUAAUGACAACGCUUCGUCCAAUUCCAACUACCAAUCCUCAACACGAUCCGGUAGCGAACCGCCAAAUAAGAAAUCAAAAAACAAUUCCCAGGAAUUGAAUUCGAAGAAGUCGAUUGGGAAAAUGUUUUUCAAGACCAAACUUUGCUGUAAGUUCCGUGCCGGCACAUGCCCUUACAUCACAAACUGCAACUUUGCACACAGCAUAGAGGAGCUUCGGCGUCCCCCUCCAAACUGGCAGGACAUAGUGGCUGCCCAUGAGGAAGAGAAAGGGAACACCGUGGAUGUCAGGGAGGAAUUUCAAAUCCCAUCUAUAGUGGGAUUUGGAGCGGAGACACAGAGGUCUUAUAAAGGGAGGCAUUGUAAGAAGUUUUAUACGGAAGAAGGGUGUCCUUAUGGAGAUAAUUGCACGUUUUUGCACGAUGAGCAGUCAAAGAAUAGGGAGAGUGUGGCAAUAAGUUUGGGGCCUGGAGGUUAUGGAGGAGGCAGUGGAGCAGGAGCAGGAGCAGGAGUUGGAGUUGGAGUUGGAGUUGGAGGUGGAGGUGGAGGUGAAGGUGGAGGAGGAAAUGCAGGUAGCAAUGCAGUUAAUGUGAAGCCAUCAAAUUGGAAGACUAGAAUUUGUAACAAGUGGGAACUUACUGGAUAUUGCCCAUUUGGGAAUAAGUGCCAUUUUGCUCAUGGAGUAGGAGAGUUGCACCGAUAUGGUGGGGGGCUUGUGGAUACAGAAGCUAAAGAUUCUUCUUCUGUCCCUGUUGAAUCAAAGCAGGGAGGAAUGCCUUCAAAAACUCCACCAGAGACUGCGGUCGCAUCAGUUACUUCAGUGCCUCAUUCAGAUGUUUAUCACCUAGGAGUUUCAUCACAGAGAUCAUCUAUUCUGAUUCAGAGAUCAGGACAAAGAACUCAUGAGAAAUGGAAGGGUCCAGACAAAAUCAGCAGGAUAUAUGGUGACUGGAUCGAUGACAUUGAAUAGAAUCAGAAUUCUUUUCUGUGUAGCAUUCUGAUAGAAUUGAAAAUGUUCAAAGACUUGUGCAGGAAGGCUAAAUGGCCAAGUGCAGAGUUUGUUUUCUCAAGGCAUGAAGAUAUUGGGAAGCUUCAGCUCUUAGGUUGAAGAGGUCCAUGCUUACUGGCUUCAAGUUUCUGGAUGAUACCUUGCUCAAUGGCCAAGUGCAGAGUUUGUUUUCUUAAGGCAUGAAGAUACCAGGCCUGUAGCGUUUAUGCAUGAAUUUUAGUUUCCGGUGGAAAUUUGAAGCUUUCACUACAUUUGUAGUGUAGAUCCUUGUAAUCAAGCAUGAUAACUGGAUGUCUCACAUCCAAGGAGAACUGUUAUCUUUGUAGUUGUACCACUUUGGAUAAAUUUUCCAAUUUAGUAUUUAGCUC